AUGACGUCUUUACCUCACGCCGUGGAUGCGGAAACACCGCUCAAGGCCUCGGAGCUCCAGGUUCUGAGGGCACAGUACGAGAAGGAGGGUGACAUGGUCGGCGUGCAGACCAAAUUCAACUACGCCUGGGGCCUCGUCAAGUCGGACGCCCGCAGGGACCAGCAGACAGGCGUGCACCUGCUCUCGGACAUCUUCCGCGUCUCCCCCGAGCGCCGCCGCGAGUGCCUCUACUACCUGGCGCUGGGCAACUACAAGCUGGGCAACUACGGCGACGCGAGGCGGUACAACGACCUGCUGCUGGACAAGGAGCCCAUGAACCUCCAGGCGGCGGACCUGAGGCGGCUGAUCGACGACAAGGUCGCCAAGGAGGGGCUGAUGGGCGUCGCCAUCAUCAGCGGCGUCGCCAUCGCGGCCGGCGUGGUCGGCGGCAUCCUGUUCAGAGGCAAGAGGAGAUAG